CAAGAUACCAGUAAGUCAGUGAACCCGCCACAAGAUACCACAGUGAACCCGCCUCAAGAUACCAGUAAGUCAGUGAACCCGCCACAAGAUACCAGUAAGUCAGUGAACCCGCCACAAGAUACCAGUAAGUCAGUGAACCCGCCACAAGAUACCACAGUGAACCCGCCUCAAGAUUUUAGGAAGCCAAUGGAAAUUUCUCCAGAAGAAACCAAAGACUUCAUGGGUUGGGGUGUUGGGCAGCUGGCGACGUUCUUACAUCAAAAUGGGAUACCAGAAAAGGUUGUUGAGAUACUUACAGAAGAGAAAGUUGAAGGCAAGCACAUUCCUCGUUUAUCAGCGGAAAUACUAAUGGCAAAGGGAAUAUCGUUUCAAGAGUGCUUGAGCUUACAAGAGAUUUUCGAAGAACUAACAAGCACAAGUUUGAAAUCAAAAGUUAUGAAAGUCUACAACGACCCAAUCCACGGCCAUAUUGAGGUAAACCCAGCAUGCCAGGCCAUCAUAGACACGCCCAUCUUCCAGCGUCUCAGGUUCAUCAAACAGCUGGGCAUGGUCUACUACAUCUACCCAGGAGCGGCACAUAACAGAUUCGAACAUUCCCUGGGUGUCUAUUACUUGGCUGGUAAAUUUGCAAGGCAAUUACAAAACAAUCAGCCAGAGCUAAACAUUACAGACAAAGAUAUUUUGUGUGUAGAGAUUGCCGGACUUUGUCAUGACAUAGGCCAUGGUCCGUUCUCCCAUGUGUUUGACAAAGUGUUUCUGCCCACAAUUAACAUAAAUACUGAUUUAAAUCACGAAAAAGUUGCGGUUCAGCUGUUAGAUGAAAUAUAUGUACUUGCUGAUCUAAGCAAAUACGGCAUUGAUGAAACUGACAAAAUCUUUAUUAAAGAGAUGAUCGGAGGACCAAUGGAAAUAGUUGGAUCACAGGGUUGGCCAUACCGUGGAAGAAAAGAAGAUAAAUCGUUUUUGUACGAGAUUGUCUGCAAUAAACGUAACUGUAUUGACGUCAACAAGUGGGAUUCUUUAGCCCGAGACUGCCACCAUCUUGGAUUUAACAUCAACUUUGACUACAAAAGGUUCAUGAUGUUUGCUAAAGUCAUCGAUUACAACGGAGAGAUGCAGAUCUGUGUUAGGGAUAAGGAAAUAUCUAAUCUCUACAACAUGUUCCACACCAGAUACACACUGCACAAAUUUGCUUACCAACAGAAAGUGAAUUGUGGUCUAGAGAUCAUGUUAACUGACGCCUUGAUACUUGCAGACAAACACGUGAAGUUUAUAGGGACUAACGGGAAAGAACAUUCGAUAUCCAGCUGUAUAACGGACAUUGAGGCCUACCAUCAGCUGACCGACAACGUUUUAUUUAAGAUUCUUUAUGACCAUGAUUCAGACACAGCAAGCGAUUCAGAGCUCAAUAAAGCAAGAGAAAUAAUACAUAGAAUUUUUAAACGGGACCUCUACACAUGUGUAUGGGAAAAACAAACGACUCACAUCAUGAGAAGAAAUGAGAAAACAAAUUUGGAAGAGAGCAUUGAGACGUUUGUGUUACAGUAUAAGAAGAAAGAUUCACCUUUGGAUCGAAAAGAUUUAGUGGCGAAGAUUGUAUUCAUGGAUUUUGGAAUGAGAGAAGUGAACCCAAUUCAAAACUUGAAAGUUUAUUCAAAGAAAACGCCCAAUCAAGCUCGACAUUUUACAAGAGAUGAAACCAGCAGAAUCUUAACGCCCGUGGCAUUUGUUGAAAUGGAAAUUCGUGUAUAUAGUAAAACGUCGGACAUUGAGAAAAGAAAAACCAUCGCAGACGCCAGUGAAACGUGGUAUCGAAAAUGGCAAAGUGAUCAAAUUAAACAAAAGCAAUCACUGGAAAAUUUCAGCAUUGAUAACAUAGAUUUUUUGAUAAAUGAUUUUCUGGCGAGAGAUAUUAAGAAUAAAUCAACAAAAGAACUUGCCAAGCAAAUUAUUCGCUCUAUGAAUGCGUCUAAACAUUUUUGAAGAUUUGGAGACCAAGCCAAAACUUGCAAUCAGUUUAUUGUGUUAGCUUUUGUGUGUAAAAUAUUUAUAUAAAAUCACAAUCAAUACAUUUUGAAUAAAAUGCUGUAAUACAAUUUUACCAAGUUCUGAUUGUAAUAAUACGUAUUAAUAUAUAUUUUAAUAUAAUUUGAAGCAAUGAUUACUUUCAGUCAUUGACAAAUACAGAUUUAUGUAUUGUAUGAUUAGAUCGUGUUCUAAUAAUGUAGUCUAUAUUAUGUGCUUUACAAACUAAUUUGUAAAUUGAUAUGCAAAAAACUUUCUUCUUUUUUACUAAAAUAUCGCGUACGUGAAAAUGUGUUCAUAAAUUAAUGUAUUAGAUCUAUUAACAUUUUUGAUCAAAUGAAAAUUUAUUACAUUCAACUCGUGUGUGUAUCUAACAUCACUUUUAUGAAAAUGUUAAUAUUGGCUGUUUCAGUUUAGUAAUUCAUAAUGUUACUAAAAACGUGUUUUGUAACUCAUAAUGCUACUAAAAACGUGUACUAACAUAAAAGACUUACACUUUUCAAAUGCGCAAACGUUAUUGUAAAUAACAUUUUAUUUAAUAAAUG